AUGUAUAGAGGUGUGCCUCCUGUCGUCUCUAAAUAUCUUGAUAUUGAAGAGCGAAGGAAGAUAUACGGAUAUCACGAAGAACACCUUUCAAAAUCAAAACCAAUAAUCGAUACUUCGCGUCCUCCUGAAGUUCCACGCCUUAUUAUACAUGAAAGGAAUCGUGCAAUAUUGCGAGAAAAACAAAAAGCUAAUGAUUAUUCGAAUUUGUACUAUGUUAGAGAUUUAAGGAAGUCAAACAUGCGUGUAAGAUCAUUAACAUAUGGUGGAUCACAAACAUCUAGAGAUGUUGUUUCCGAACCAUCAUGGCUUCAAACUCUAGAAAUGUGCGAGAAAAAAGUUUCUUUCAUUCCUGACAAAAGAAAGUCAUCUACCAUCGAAAAAAGAACGUACGUGCAAAAUAAAGAUUUGUUCGGUGAAGGAAACUCGAAAAUACACGAUGAUGACGGAUUUUCCGUUAUUGACGAAAUUCCUGUCCUCAGAACCUCAAGAUCAAAGACAUCAGCGCGAACCGCACGUAAAAGUCCGCCUCGUACUAAUAAGCAAGAAACAACUAAAAACUCUUCACCAAAAAAGGUUAAAGUUACAAAAAAGAGCCAAUCAUCAUUAUCAAUGAGCCAAAAGUCAUCUCGAUCUACAACAAAAAGUCAGCAAUCUCAUUCACCACAAAAAACAUCACCUAAAAAGGUUAAUAAAAAAUCUCCUGAAAAACAAAGCGAUGUUAAAGAAUUUCCAACCCCACCACCAGAAAAAGUUGCAGAAGUUCCUCAAAACAAUACAGAAAUUGAAGAAAAGAAGCGAAUUAAUUUCGAAAUGAAGAAGGAGCAGCCGCCAAAACCAACACCAGUUGAAUCAUUCUCUCUUACAGAUGCUAUCAAUCGAACAAUGAGUAAAAACCAACCACAAAAUACUUCUACCGGAAAUUUGGAACAACCUCAAGAAAAAAGCUCAGAAAAACUUCAUAAAGAAAAAGAAGAAUCGUUCAAUAGCGGUUUUAGUGGAAGUUUUUCAACAGAAAACAAAGUCAAUAAAGGAGAAUCGGAUAUUCGUACGAAUAGAAAGCUUGAGAGUGGACAAAAUAUGUCGAGAUCAAACCAGGCAUCUACGUUUGAUAGUAGUUUUGCAUCAAGCAAAGUUUCAGAUAAAAAUGAAAAAUCAUCAGUCUUAAAUCAGCCUCCACCAGCUACUGAUAAGUCAAAUGAUAAUUUUGAAGAUGAUUUCAGCAAUUCCCAUCAAGAAAAUCAAUCUUCAAAGAAAGAUGAAAAUAAUUUAUUGUUAAAGAAUAAGUCAGAGAGUUCUAAAGCGUUUGACUCUGGAUUUGGUGAGUUUGAAGAUGGAAAUUCAGCAUCAAACAAAGAAAAAUCGGGAACAAAUAAUAAUCACAUGAAACUUUCAUUAA